CGUUCGUUGCACAGAAGAAGAAACACUAUAGACGUCAACAAGAUGUUGCUUUUAGUAUGAUUUACAAUAUUCAUGGUAAAGUGAAUUAUAAUGAGUGACAUGAGGAGACAAUAAUUGUAGGCUUUUCGUUCAUAUCUGUAUGUUUACAGUUAACCCGUUCCUUGAAAUUACUAAAGUUACACGACUGCUACGCGUCGGUUGUGUCAGGGUUGAAUGAUGGAUAUUCGCUUCACUAAAGGUAAAUCCGCGAUUUUGGAGCGCGCCCUGACGCGACCAAAGACAGAGGUGAGCCUGAGCGCGUUCGCGCUGCUCUUCUCUGAGAUGGUGCAGUACUGCCAGAGCCGCGUGUACUCGGUGUCCGAGCUGCAGGCGCGGCUGGCGGACAUGGGACAGAGAGUCGGAGCGCGCAUGCUGGACGUGCUGGUGCUGCGAGAAAAGAACGGCAAAAGAGAAACCAAAGUCCUCAAUAUACUGCUGUUCAUCAAGGUGUCUGUCUGGAAGACUCUGUUCGGGAAGGAAGCGGAUAAACUGGAACAGGCCAAUGAUGACGACAAAACCUACUACAUCAUUGAGAAAGAGCCUGUGAUAAAUGCCUUUAUUUCUGUGCCUAAAGAGAACAGCACACUGAACUGUGCCGCGUUCACGGCAGGAAUCGUGGAGGCCAUUCUCACUCACAGCGGCUUCCCGGCUAAAGUCACGGCGCACUGGCACAAGGGAACCACGCUCAUGAUCAAGUUUGAUGAAGCUGUCAUUGCCAGAGAUAAACAGCUGGAUGGAAGAUAGAAACUGGGUGUUUUGGGAUGGAUUUUUGCAGGCAGCAGUUAAUCAUGUUUAAUAAAUGUUCAGAUGAAUAUGAUUUACUUACUAGAACUACAGCUGUACUGUCAGCUGUCAAUGCUGUGUGAAUGAUGAUCUUAUUGAAAGCACUAAAUACUGUGAUCAAAGUGUUGUGUAUUUAUGAUGUUUAUAAUCAAAAUGUUUUUAACUGUCAGUUUAUAAGUCAGGUAUUUACUAUUUGUUUAUUCAGAUAAUUUUCUGGUAUGUUUGGCCAUAACAUAUGAACAUUAAAAUAAACAUUAAAACUU